CAAAACCACUAGCCACCCAAUUUGCAAGCUCUCCUCUUUGCCCAUUUGGAAGCUCACUACGUGCAUCGAUCUCUAGAAGCUUCUAAACACUCAUCUCGUACGUACGUCGUGCCAUGGGCAACGGUCUCUCCCCGUGCCUGCACCUGCCGGCGUCGACAGCCGCGGCGGUGAGGCUGGUCUACUGGGGCGGGCACACGAGUCUGGUCACCAACGGCGACGGGCGCGUCGUCACCGCGGGGGACGUCGCGGCGGAGCUCCCUGCCCCGGCCGCCGACUACGUCGUCUGCCCCGCGGACUCCUUCUUCGUCGGCCUCCCGAUCCCAGUCAUGUCGCCCGGCGAGGAGCUGCAGCCGGGGCGGACCUACUUCGUCCUCCCCGCUAGCCGGUUCGCCUGCCUCAAGGUGCUCACUGCCGCCACGCUCGCCGCGCUGUCGCCCGCGCCGGCAAAGGCGCCCCUCGCCGGCCCGGGGCAGUGCCCGUUCGAGUACGUCAAGGGCGACGGCGGAGCCGCGCUCAUCAGGGUCCUGCCGGAGUUCAUCGAGAAGGUGAUCACCUGCGACGGCGGCCGACGCGGCGUGGUGGUGGCAUCGACGGCGACGGAGCUGUGCAGCACGCCGGAGCUGAAAAGGCAUUACGCGCAGCUCGUCGGGCCGAGGAACCAGGCAUGGUCGCCUAGGCUGGAGACGAUUUCGGAGUGUCACAAGAGCAAGUGGUUGAGGUCGCCGGCGAGACUGCUGUCUUCACGAUAGCCAUAUAAGUAGCGUAGAUUUCAUUUAGAAUCAAGGACGUGCAGCAAAAAUGUACAUAUUGGUUACACACUUUUUCUUUGAAACAAUGGUUACAUACUUA